GGCAGGACAAGUAGAUACGUGUUUGACCUGCUGCACAAAUUACGAUCGUGUGGAUCAAGAUGUACAGUGAAGACAUUCAUAUUUCGCAUGGGGAGUGUAUCACCUAAACCAGAGGAUCAGCUGAUCACUAAAAGGACUCCUGACCCCUGAGAGGCGAUGGUGUAACUAGUGCGUCCGGAUAACAUCAGUCGUGGCUCUCGGGGAAGAAACAAUGCUUUUGCUGGUUUUCGUUUUUGUCCGUUUCUCUCUGGCGUCGUCAGUCGGUCAGACGGAGCCAGCCGUGGACUCCUGGUACGUCGCCGCUGUGUAUGAGCACAACGUGAUCCUGAACCCGGAGCCCCGGGUCCCCUUGUCCCGCCUCGCUGCCCUGCGGCACAUGCAGAGAAACCUGGACAUCUACGAAGAGCAGGCUGCCCGGGCCGCUCAGCUGGAUGCCCAGAUCCUGGUGUUUCCAGAAGAUGGUCUUCAGGGUUUUAACUUCAGCCGUUCGUCCAUCUCUGGCUACCUAGAAACCAUUCCUGACCCCCAGCAGGAGAGCUGGAACCCCUGCACAGAACCAGGCGAACACAACAACACAGAGGUUCUCCAGCGUUUGAGCUGCAUGGCCCGUCGUUACGACCUCUACUUGGUGGCCAACAUGGCUGACCUGCAGCCCUGCCCCCUGAAGACCGCCCCCUCCUCCUGUCCAUCUGAUGGACGCUGGCAGUUCAACACAAACGUGGUUUUCAGGUCAGAUGGCCAGCUGGUGGCGCGCUACCAUAAACACAACCUCUACUUUGAGGAGGCCUUCGACACUCCGCCACAACCUGAGAUCAUAACAUUUGAUACUCCUUUUGCCGGAAGAUUUGGUCUCAUCACUUGCUUUGACAUCCUGUUCCACAAGCCCACAGUUACCCUGUUGCAGAAGCAUGUUCGUCAGCUGAUCUUCCCCACAGCCUGGAUGAACCAGCUCCCUCUACUGGACACGAUCCAGUUCCAGCAGGCUUUCAGCUUAGGCGCCAAUGUCACCCUGCUAGCGGCCAACAUUCGUAGUGACCGACUGAUCAUGACAGGAAGUGGUAUCUACACCCCUACUUCUGCCACUUAUCACCACGCCCAGAAAGGAGACCCAGAAGAGGGAAGGCUGCUCGUAGCCAGGGUGCCAGUCUUAGACCCACUGUUGAUGGGGCAGAGCGUGCUCAUGGAGGAGGGGGCAGUUAGGGGUGAGUGUCACAAAGAGAGCUGUUUUGAUUCUGCUCCUCCUGAAACUGCCUCUUCGGUUCUUCCCUCCUCCGCCACCUUUGUCGCAUCCAUGAUGUACGACUCAUUCACAUUUGUCCUCCUAAACGAGACAAGGGGCGAAGUGAACGUGUGUAAUGGCACCUUUUGCUGUCACCUACAAUACCAGCGGUUACCACCGGGUGGCAGUAAAGAGGUCUACGCAUUGGGAGCAUUUGCGGGAACACACACAGUAAACGGACGUUACACCCUGCAGGUUUGUGCACUAGUCCGCUGUGCAGGGUUGGACGCCAGUUCUUGUGGACAGGAAGUCGAAGAGGCAGAGUCAAAAAUGGACUUCCUGUUAGAGGGGAGAUUUGGGACCAGAUACGUGUACCCAUCAGUUUUGGUGAACAAGCUGGUCCUGGAGCAGCCAGAGCGCCUGGAAACCACUGCAGAUGGCAGAGUGACCAUGAAACACUCAAAGAUGACUGAUGGGCUGCUCACUGCCUUUCUGUACGGACGAAUGUAUCACCUGGACGAUGAAUGAACUGAUGCCAGGAGAAAAACAUCAGACAUUUAAAAAAACUGAUAAAAAAAAACAACAACUUCUGACCAAGACUGGUAAUGACAACUCAGGUGUUGCACACUUGUCUUCUGUCAGAACUGCUAUAAAUCAAAAACAAAUCCCUUUAUUUGUUCAAUACUUAAUCUUUACAAACUUCACCAGUAGCGUUCAUCCUCUGCCUGAAAGUUGCUUUUUCUUUUUAAAAAAAAGUAAAUAUUUAUCCAUUUUCUCUCGCUGCACACACACACACACACACACACACACACACACACACACACACACACACACACACACACACACACACACACACACACACACACACACACACACACACACACACACACACACACACACACACACACACACACACACACACACACACACACACACACACACACACACACACAGUGUCAGCCACUUUCCCCAGUCUCUUGUACAGUACACAGUCAUUGAGUAGUUACAGCAUUGCAAGUUAAAAGUUCCUUAAGCAGCUAAUUCGGGUCAUCUAUCAAAUGACUCCUGGACCAAUCAUAAAGUAAAUGCGUCUGACAGUCACCUGCUGUCCUGAUCAGUUCCCAUGGAUUCAGUCUCCACUUUGAACACAUUUAUACGAUUAAAUAAUGACUUCUCCAAGGAAUUGACAAGUGGUGAACACUGACGCAGCAUUAGCAAUGUGCAUGAGUGACAGCCAUCAGUGUCUGCCAUGAAUAAAAACUCAAGUACAGAAGGGAAAACAGUAAUCAAUCUCCUGGUCCCAUAAGAUUAUCAUCUGUUUCUUUCUUUAGACAAUCGGUCCUCUGAGCGUCUCUCCAGUAGACGCUCUUCUAGUGUUAAUUGAAGGAAAAACUCUGAAAAGGCUUAAAACCACUCCAAAAAGUAUCAGCAAAGAGGAGAUACUUAAUUUAAAAAGGAAAACAUUGCUUGAAAAUUAAAAAGACACUGGCCAUGUUACUGACCCUACAGUGAUGGUGUCUGAGAUAAACAUAGUGUGUAUUGACCUUAUUAUUAUUUUUCACCCCGUGGGUAUGCACUUUUUUGGAACAAAGGUUAUUUUUAGAUUUCAAGAAGCUUACCUAAAAAUAAUCUGCACACUGGCUCUAUUUUCUCCCUCUUUUAGUUCCUUGUCAGUGAUCUAUUAAGGCUCCUGAGUGGCUGGCUAGCUUGUCAGUAGUGUGGGACUCUGUCCAAUAGCAGACAUGUCCUCAGUAUGUUUCCGAAUCGGAGUCAUUCAGUUCAUUAUCGCCAGAGACGGAGGUCAGCGGCCGCUCCGGUUUGCAGUAUGAAGCAUGGUCAGGCCUCAGAGAGGGAGGGGCAUCAAAGGCCACGCCUUUGGAGACGUGGUUGUUGGUGGGGUGGUGGUUGAUGACUGUCUGAGUGAGAGAGUGCGCAGGCGAAGCUGCUAUGGUGACCAUAGGGGAGGUGGGCAUCAUGGAGUUGAGGAUGAGUGCUAGACAGUCGGCCACGUCACGAUUGGGAGCGCAGGCCAGAGCAGGAGUGUAACCUAAGGAUCAGAGAGUUCAAAAUAGAAUUACCGCCUCGUGGUCGUAUGCCUCCAACAAGUCAAGUUCACAAGGUCACCCUCGAAAAAGAGAUUUGUAAUCAAUGGGAUUCAUCUGGUUAAAUAAAGGUUUAAAUAAAAUACAUUUUAAAAAGUU